AUGAUUGUACUAGACGUCCCAUCUAAUUUGAAACUCCUCCGGACGAAUCUCGGAGAGUUGGGACAACGAUAUUUCGAUGCCCUCAAUCUACAAAAGGCUAUAGAUCUCCAAACAGCCUUCACAAAACUCGAGUCAGCGUGGGUAGGAAAAGACAACGUCUUUCUCAGUCGCUAUCGGUUUUGUCAAAUGCGUCAAGAAUCCAGUCAAUGUGUCGGUGAUUUUAUUACUAAUCUGACUCUGGCCAUCCAGGACUGUGGGUAUAAAGAGAUCAAGGCAGACAACUUCGAGCACGCAAUGCUCGUUCAGCAGUUGAUCGUCGGUCUGCGCGACGAAAAAGCUCGGGAAAAUCUCCUAUCAGAGAAGAAGUAUUUGUCGUGCGAGAAAGCCUGUGAGAUCGCCAGUCAUUAGGAUACGCUGCACAAACGAUCCGCGUCUCCCUUCGUCUGCUGUACCAGAUAUCGUAAGCGGAAGAAAGCAGUUUUGCUGACGCCGGUCCGGCAAUUGAUGUGGGCCUCGUGCAGUCGGUUCUUCUCGGCAAGUAGGAUGCUGACAUCUGAGUCGUCUUCAUCAACCUAGCCCGGUUCAUACUCCAUUUCGGUGACGUUCUCUCACUCAUAGUGCUCCCUGUUCCAUGUCUGUACUUGACAAUUUCCGUACGGAUCCAUUCCUGCUCAUGUUUCGUUGAUCGUAUUCUCUUAAAUAUCCCUAAUCUACUAUCUACGUUGCCUCAACUUUUUGGCCAAUACCAGUGCCACCCAUCCCUCUCAGCCUCAACGCGUCAGUCGCCUAAUUUAAUAAUACGACCUCUGACCUGUGUUACAUAAUCACGACCAUCGAGUAAUACCAACCGCCUGUUGCAGUAAACGUUUCUAGCCGUGUCUCGGUUGUGCCAACUACGCCUGCCAUCGAGGACGUCGUGAAAAUUUUGGACGCCCUCAUUCCUUGAGUUUCCCAUUUUUGCGCUAUCCGUGUCUUUCUCCAUCGAAGUCCUUCUAUAACUCGCCGUCCGAGGCCUCUCACUGUGGCUAAAGCCCCGACCACACCUCACGUUUCUGCUGACACCACCCACCUAUGGAUCCCAUGCACAUCACUGCCAGUACCCGAGUCGUUACAAGAAAUCUUUAGCGGAAAACUCGUUUGCUUGUCAGCAACGACGACAAACUUGGCUGGUCCAACCUCCCCUAGUCGUCUGCUUCACAUCUGCGAUGGAAGUUUCUUACACAAUUCCAUUGUGGACACUGAUGUUCACGUCGUUCUCAUUCCACUAUCUUAAACUGGCCAUAAGUCAUCCAGCUCUUCAUUUUCGCUUCAAGCAGCUAAUAGUACCCCAUUUAAGACUUUUGGUCAUCGACCCCCCAACUCUAGACCUUGGUUUACGGCAUUCCUUAUGUUGAAUAUUUCCUAUGGCUGACAUUCAUACUACCAUUCCCGUUGCCGAUUUUAUAUCCUCUUUAAGUCUCCUCGUUACCACUGACCUGUUGAAAUCCUUUUAUUCUAAAUAUUUACCUUGCACAAUUCAAUUCCUCUGGUCCAUGCAUUUAUACAUUCCCUUUGUCCACUUCCUGUUAUCUUUAUUUCCGGAAUUUCCAUCUAUCCCUCGGUCUUCACAGUUUGACAAGCUUACUUAACAAUCGUCAUGCAUUAUAUUUCAACUACUUUUAGCCGUCCUUGUCGUUUAGCCGUGGGCAGGUAGAUGCCGUGCAAGGCGAAUUCAGUCUUACGAUGGAGCUGGGCACGAUAUGGUCAUCCACUUGUCCAACAGUUGCUCUUCUGCAUAUGACACGCAAAAAGUCUCAUUCAGUGACGUCCAGGUGGUGAUUGCCAACGACUGAACAACUGCGCUGCAUUCUACAGACAUCCGCGUUCUAACCUCUAAGAUUUUUCCUGAAACAGUCUUUUCCAACAUUGAUCUAGACAAAGCCUUCCAUCAAAUCCCCGUUGUUCUAGAAGACGUCCCCAAGACGGAGAUUACGAUUCUAUUUGGCCUUUUCGAGUACGUCAGAAUACCUUUGGCUUCCACAACUUCAUCCAAGAUUUCCGACGUUUCAUUAACGAGAGCCUACGCGACUUACCCCUCGUUUUUAUCUGUGUCGAUGAAAUCCCGAUUGCAUAUUUUAAUGAGCAAGAAUACCUACAACACCUAUGCUCAAUUUUUAGCGUUUGGGUCAAUUUUGCGCUUGUAGCAACACCUCCAAAUGCGUUGUUGAGGCUCCCUCGUUCCUGUCCACUGGACACCGCAUAGAUGCUAUCGGUUGUCCUCCCAUAGACGUUGGAGGUCCAGGUAUUUGUGCGUUUCCUAUUCCUUCUUCUUCCCGACAACUGCAGCAUUGUAUAGGCUUUGCCAUUUUUUAUCGACAUUUCAUCCGCGCUUCUCUCAACUUAUGUUAUCACUCGCUAAUCUUCAUGCGGCAACGGCCGUUGGUUUGCCGGACGUGCGGUGCCUCGACAAACAAGAAGUCCCAAACGACAAGUCAGGAACGGCAAAUUUGGUUGGGCAAGCAUUACUGAGCUGAAAGAACGUACAGUGACUUAAGCAAAUGGCUAUCUCAAGCAUUCUCACCAGGCAAGUGUCAGCCGAAGUGCAUCUACUCGGGAUUUUGUUCGGCGGAGGCCAAUCAAUGAAGAGGGAAAUACGGACUUGCGUCACGGCGUUGGCGGAGGUAGUCACUCGCACGUAGUCGCCCUUCAUUGAAGCCUCGCCAAGAGAGUGUAGUCUUACUUCAUCCAGUGACAACGCCUAAAUGCCACAUUCUAAAAUCGACCUGACAAAUGUUCCAAAUAGUCGACCAAAAAGCUCUGUGACAACGGCAAGGAAGGAUCUCUUGAUUGCUGCCAAGAUACCUGUUAGGCCACCCCAGCCAGUGAUCUUUCAACGCAUACCUAUGACUGAAUUUACCACCACGAAGGAUUUAGCUUUAGGUUACACAAAUAAUCUUGACCUCUCGCCACACGCUGACAGAAUUAUGGCCAAAGCUGUCCAGAUUUGUGGCUUUAUUUCUUACAAUCUCUAUCUUCUCGAAAUUAAAUGAAUACUCUAUCGAGUGUUUGCACUUCCCAUUCACGAAUAUUGUUGCCCAUUGCUUGGUUUGAUGAACGAGGAUAGUCGUUCAAAAGUAGUAAAUGUCCAAAGACGUUUUACUAGUAAACUUUUAGGCAUGGAACAUCCAAAUAUCUCCUACUCAGAUAGAUGCCAACUAAUUGACCUUAAAUUUGUAUGGGUUCGAAGACUAGAAGCAGGCUUCUGUCUCCUCUUUCACAUUAAUAAUAGCUCAGAUCUUCCUCAAAUUUCAGCACUCACCCCUAUUAGUCGCCCAUACAAUCUUCGAAAUUCUUCCUGGAUUAUAUCUCCUCCCGCUUCCUCCACGUCUAACCGCUCUCUUUUUCCGCUUCCACGUAUACAUUCCUCUGGAAUAAGCUCUCAGUAAAUAUAAGAUCUUCAGAUAAUCUACACACUCUUAAGAGAAGACUGCGUUCUUAUCGGAGUACUGACUCGAUUAAACUUUUAUUUUCCUCAUCCUUCCCGGACAACUUUCCCUAUGACACUGAGAAAGGGCCACCGGGAAUUUAGGACGUCGCCAUUACAUUGCCGUAUCCGCUCACACUUCCUUCUUUUGUGUGGCAGCGCUUCCCAAGAUCCCUCAUCAGAAAUGUUAGUUUUUCCGAUUUUUUAGUUCAUGCAUCAUGCCCCUCACAGAAUGCGCUCAGUCGACGCUCUUGGCGGAACCCUCUGUAUUCGUCAUCUACAAGUUGUCUGGUCGCAUCGCCUUUGCCUCCUCCUCGGCUGGACCCGAAGCUGGCAGUAACCGAUCGCAUCUGGACUUCUAUCGCCUUGAGACUGGUUUUCUAUUCGCCACUUUCAUAUAA